CUUUGGCUACUCAGCUUUACAACUGUCUUCAGCAGUUGGGAAUACGGGCGUUUCUUGAUAAGGAAGAGAAGGAACUUGGAAAUUCUUUUCCUUCUACAAUCGAGACUGCCAUCCGCUCUGCUAAGGUACACAUAACCAUCUUUUCCAAAAGAUAUGCAGAGUCGCCUUGGUGCCUGGCUGAGCUAGUUCUCAUGUUAGACAGCCAGGCCAAAAUUAUUCGUGUGUUUUACGAAGUGAAGCCUAGUGACCUCCGCCACAUUGAAAACGGAGCAUACGCUGAUGCAUUCAAGAAAUAUGAGGAAAAGGGCAGGUACCUGGACAAGCAUAACCAGUGGAAAGAAGCUCUUCAGUCACUUUCAUUAAUAGCUGGGGAAGAAUUUGACAGAUUCAGUGACUGUAAGAACAUAAUAGUAGCAGUGCAAGAAGAGGUAAAAAGGAAAACAUGUUUACAUGUUGCUGAAUAUCCAGUGGGGCUUAACAACCUUGUGAAAGAUUUUGAAAGGCGUUGCCUUGAUGAACUUGUACAAGAUUUUGAAAACCAGUGUAGACUGAAGACUGUGAAGAAUAAGGUUGUGGUAGUUGGCAUUUUUGGCAUGGGUGGGUCGGGAAAGACAACUCUUGCCAAAGAAUUGUUUAACCGAAAGAUGUCUAAUUAUUCUAGAGCAAGUUUUCUGUUUGAUGUGCGAGAAGAAUCUGCGAGAAGCAACUUACCUUCUUUGCAACUUAAGCUUCUCAUAGAUCUCUUUGACACAUAUCAUCUGAAUUUUACAAGUACAGAAGAAGGAACAAGCUAUUUCAAAGAUAAUCUACAAAGGAGCCCUGGGCAUUUAAGCUUCCUAAUUGUUGUAGACGAUAUCGAUCAUGUCCAACAGUUAAACUCUCUACUGGUCAGGGAUAUCUUAAAAAAAUCUGGCAUAAACAAAGCUCUGGUCAUUGUGACAACCCGGGACGUCGGGUGCUUGUUACCUCAGGGAUAACUGUUGGUUAUAAUUUAAAAGGAAUGGAUAAAAACCACGGGAGGAACCUCUUCUGUUGGCAUGCCUUUGGCCAAUCCCAUCCAUGUACUGGUUACGAGUCACUGGUUAAUGAAUUCGUAGACGUGUGUUGAGGGUUACCUCUGUCUCUCCAGGUUCUCGGCCGGCAUGUUCAUGGUAGAACUCACAGUUAUUGGAGGUCACAAUUGAUUAAAGCUAGAAUGAUGCUGCCUCGAGAUGUAAAGCAAAGAUUGAGAAUAAGCUUUGAGGCAUUGGAUGAUGAACAAAAACAGGUUUUCAUGGAUAUUGCCUGUUUUUUGUGGGCAGAUCUAAGGGUACAGCCGAAAGAGUAUAGGAGGCAUCAGGAUGGAAUGCUCAACAUGCACUGCAGACACUCAAAGCUAAAUGCCUUGUGGAAGAAAUCAACGAGAUUCGGGGAGAUGUAAUUUUAUUGAGAAUGCAUGACCACCUGAGGGACUUGGGAAGAGAAAUGGCACUUCAGCGCAGCCCUCCCCAACGCCUGUGGCGUCCUCAAGAUCUGAAAUCUUCGGCUUUAAUGGGUUUCAAAAAUGUCCUCACCAAAACCAAUAUGAGGUGUUUCCACUCCAUUUUUGACAAUUCCAUUGGUUCUCAAGUUACAUUCUUUUUAGGCCAAUCAGAUAACUGUGUUGAGACGUCAGCUUCCUUGCUAUGGCUCAAGCUCGAGGGGAAUUCCACGGAACAAUCAAGUAUUCCUUCAUGGAUUCCUCUUCAAAAUUUGCAUCAUCUAGAAAUCCACUCUGGACAGCUCAAAACGUUGUGGGAGAAUAACAUAGAGGCACCUUCCCGCUUGAAAGAGCUGCUGAUUUAUGAAAACUCUUUGAAAGAGUUUCCAGAUUUAUCAGGAAUUUCAGAUAGUUUAGAAAAUGGAUUCUUAGAAAGUCUUGAAAAGCUAGUGAUUAGCGGUGAAUAUUUUGUAUCCAAGAUAUUAAUUAGUGGAAUUCACUAUCCCAGCCUUGACUCUAUCACACUUGAAUACAUGGGAAAUCUUAUGGAAGUGAAUUUAAGAAGUGUAAAGACAUUAAAAUCACUUGCUAUUGUAUAUUGUAAUAAACUCACAAGAUUGACAGGAACAUCUCAUCUUACAAAUCUUGUCCUAUUAAGGAUUAUUCAAUGUCCAGACCUUGAGGAGCUAAGGCUUGCUCGUCCGAGCUGUCUUGAAAGGAUCACAAAUGGUUAUUGUACAAAGUUGAAAAGUGUGUUAAGAAUAUCUUACUUCUGAAGCUUGUAGAACUGGAUAUUUAUUAUUGUGAGAAGCUAGAGUUUGAUCACUUGAGUCUCUCUGGUAUGAAAUGUCUCGAGAGGAUGACAUUUGAUAAAUAUGUAAAGGUGAAAUAUUUUGAAUUGGAUAGCUGUCAAAAUUUGAAAACAAUACAGUUUGGUUGUGAAGAGCUUGUAGGACUAAGCAUUCGGACCUGUCCGGAGGUUGAGCGGCUGCCAAUUUUUAGAGGCCCAAGUUGCCUGGAGAAGAUUAUAAUUGAUAGAUGCGGAAAGCUCAAAUGCUUCAAUUGGAUGGUUGUCAAAUUUUGAAAACAAUACAGUUUGGCUGUGAAGAGCUUGUAGAAUUAAACAUUCGGGCCUGUCCGGAGCUUGAAGAAUUGACAAUUUUUAGAGGCCCAAAUUGCCAGGAGAAGAUUAUAAUUGAUGGAUGCGGAAAGCUCAAAUGUCUUCAAGUGGAUGAUUAUCAAAAUUUAAAAAGUGUGUUAGGAAUAUCUAAUCUUGCAAAGCUUUUAGAAUUGGAAAUUUGUGGUUGUGGGAAGCAAGAGUUUGAUCACUUGUGUCUCAGUGAUAUGAAAUGUCUCGAGAGGAUGACAUUUGAUAGAUAUGUAGAGGUGAAAUAUUUUGAAUUUGACUGUUGUCAAAAUUUGAAAACAAUUGAGUUUGGUUAUGAAGAGCUGGUAGAACUAAGCAUUCAGGGCUGUCCGGAACUUGUGCGAGUGCCAGUUUUAACAGGCCCAAGUUGCCUGGAGAAGAUUAUAACUGAUGGAUGCGAAAAGCUUAAAUAUCUUCAAUUGGAUGGUUGUCAAAAUUUUAAAACAAUACAGUUUGGGUGUGAAGAACUUGUAGAAUUAAACAUUCGGGGCUGCCCGGAGCUUGAAGAAUUGACAGUUUUUAGAGGCCCAAAUUGUCUGGAGAGGAUUAUAAUUGAAGGAUGUGGAAAUCUGAAAUGUCUUCAAGUGGAUGGUUAUCAAAAUUUAAAAAGCGUGUUAGAAAUAUCUAAUCUUGCAAAGCUUGUAGAAUUGGAGAUUUGUGGUUGUAGGAAGCAAGAGUUUGAUCACUUAUCUCUCAGUGGUGUGAAGUUUCUCGAGAGGAUGACAAUUGAUAGAUAUGUAAAGGUGAAAUAUGUUGAAUUGGAUGGUUGUCAAAAUUUGAAAACAAUACAGGUUGAUUGCGAAGAGUUUGUAGAAUUAAGUAUUCGGGGCUGUCCAGAGCUUGAGGAGUUGCCUGCUUUUAGAGGCAUGGAUUCCCUGGAAAGGAUUAUAAUUGAGGGAUGUGGAAAGCUCAAAUGUCUUCAAGUGGAUGGUUAUAAAAAAUUGAAAACAAUACAGUUUGGCUGUGAGGAGCUUGUAGAAUUAAUCAUUCGGGGCUGUCCGGAGCUUGAAGAAUUGACAGUUUUUAGAGGCCCAAAUUGCCUGGAGAAGACUAUAAUUGAUGGAUGUGGAAAGCUCAAAUGUCUUCAAGUGGAUGGUUAUCAAAAUUUAAAAAGUGUGUUGGGAAUAUCUAAUCUUGCAAAGCUUGUAGAAUUGGAGAUUUGUGGUUGUGGGAAGCAAGAGUUUGAUCACUUGUCUCUCAGUGGUAUGAAGUGUCUCGAGAGGAUUAAAUUUGAUAGACUUGUACAGUUGAAAUAUUUUGAAUUCGAUGGUUGUCAAAAUUUGAAAGCAAUGCAGUUUGAUUGUGAAGAGCUUGUAGAAUUAAGAAUUCGGGGCUGUCCGGAGCUUGAGGAAUUGCCUGUUUUAAGAGGUCCAAGUUGCCUGGAGAGGAUUAUAAUUGAUAGAUGUGGAAAGCUCCAAUGUCUUCAAGUGAAUGGUUGUCAAAAUUUGAAAAGUCUGUCUGGUAACUUUGAGCUUAGACAGUUGCAUGUUAUAAAUUGUCCUGAGCUUGAAGAGGUGAUGGUCCUGAUGGGUCUUGACAGAUUGAGCUGCUUCGGGAGCAUUAAAAUUCACAACUGUGAGAAACUGCAGAACAUAUCAGGCAUCGAAGAAUGGCAGGCACUAUCUUAUAUGAGUCUCUGUUAUUGCUCCAACGCACUACUACGGAAUUGCAUUCGUAAGUUGGAGAAAGUGUCGCCAUAUUCCCCUAUUGUUUUGAUUGGAAGGGUAGUGGAUGGAGCAGAGUCAACUUUAAACCAAUUGUCCUUUUCUGAAUUUGAAGCCACGGCGCUAACUAGUGUCGACAGGACAAAAUUGGGUCCAUUCAUUGUAUGUUUUGCUAUUGUGGUCGAUAGAUCUUUCUCCCAUAUAUUCCAGGUGCGUCCAGGAGAAUGGAUAAUUACAAUGGUAGUUGAUAAUCACUUUGGUCGGAUUGAAAAUCUUUUGAGGAAGUAUGAAAUAUUGAAGGGGGGGUUUUGUCUAAAGUUGAAGGAAGACGAAGAGCUCAAUGUUGUGCAUGUUUUACGUGCAAUUGUUGAUAAGCUAUAUCAUUCAUAA